CAGGAGCCUUGGUGCGCCGUGGCCGCAUCGCACUCAAACCGUCGCGGCAUCCCCAUUCUCGACCGGAUCCAUCCAUCCAUCCAGCUGCCCGCCGACCAACCAGCCACACCGGCUGCCGCCCGUCUCGAAUCGGCUCGCCGCUGUUGCUUUCCUGCGCUGAGCCUGCAGCGAAGCGCUGGACAGCCACUGGCCCAGACGGUUCCGGAAUGCUUCGUACUUGUGCCGGCCACUCCCUCCUACCGCAGUCACCACCACCAACAUUACCACCACAAGUCUCGUCGCCCCAGAGUGUCGCCUGGCUUCCGUCGUUGAACAGCCUCGACCACACUGUCUGAGCCAAGCCCAUCGCACCUGGGAUCUUUGGUAGCGAGGCAUUCUGUCCUUCUGUCCCGUCAUCGGCGGCGCCCAACUCGUAUCCAUCACGACGACCACGCGUGCCCGCAUGCCGCCUGCCUCACACGUGCGCCGCGUGCAGCUGAACGACAUUGCAUCCUGAAGGGGUGCCCUCACCGCGUCGCCCCUCGCCUCGCCGGAACGCCUGCGCUCCGUCCCCCCUGCUUGCGAUAAUGGCAGCGGAGGCUUCCGGCGGUGAGGCUGUCGCCCCGGCCAAACGAGCCUUUAGCUUCCUCGACUUGCCCGCCGAAACACAACAAGAUAUCAUCUCUCACUGCUCCCAGAGUGACCUGAUAUGCUUGGCUCUGGUGUCCAAACGCAUGCAUGAACUCGCAUCCACCCAACUUUAUCGUAACUUCCACAUUGUGUUCCCCGACGAUGACGAUAUCAGCUUUGACUCCCCCAUCGAUGGCCUCGCCGGUGGUCUCGACACAUUCACAACGAGCGAGUACAACUACGCCAAGCACCUGCGUGACCUCUCCAUGGACACGCUGAGUGCUGGCCAGAAGGGAGAGCAGUCCUACCAACCCUAUCUUUACUCAGCUAGUUGCGGCAAAUUUCUCAACACUCUGCUCUAUCUCACGCUCAAGAAGGCAAGGUCGCUUGAAGCGUUUAGAUGGAACAUUCGCGUCGAGCUCAGCCGACCCAUCUACCGAGAACUGCACCGGAUAGCGCCACUGACCAAGUUGCAUAUUCGCAUGCAAGCCGGAGAGUCAUACUACAACCACCCUCCGCCGCUGCCUGUGUCCCCCGACUUGCACUCGCAGCCUACUACAGGUCACUGGCCGACGCCGCCAGUCGGUCCCUCUUCCUCGUUAUUUUCCUCAGCUACCGCGCCAACCCAGUCUUCGUCACAAAUUCCGGGUGGGCCGCCGCCAAUUUUGGAACCGCAGUCUCGAUUAUCGGCCAGAAACUCCUCCUCGAAACGUGGCGCAGGAACGAAAGAGCCAUCCACAUUUUCAGGGUUCAAGAAUCUCAAGAGCCUCAGUGUCUUGGACAUUGAUGGCCUUGACGCCGUGUCAGAGCUCAGAAUUUGUGUGAAGAACUCGUAUUCCACUCUGAAGGAGCUCCAGCUGUCCCUGUCCGAUACAUUGGCACAGCAGGCCCGGAAACCUCCUCCAGAUUCCGACGCUGACGAUUCCGAUGUUGACGAUGACUUCCAUGUGGUUCCAACGUCGCAAAAUACCAACUACGACGCAACUGGUCCUGCAAAAGCAUUUCGAGCCCAGGAGGAGCGCAAGAUCCAAGAGUCUAUUCUGGGUCGGAUUCUCGAUAUUGAUCAAACCUUGACGAAAAAGUCUCCCAUUCAGCACAACGCGCAUCACGGCUCUUUUGAUAAAGGUAAAGAUGUCGACACGGGAGCUAUCAACAGCGAUCCUCGCGAAGCGUUUGUUUCGUCGAUCAGGAAGGCCUGUUCAAAGCUCAUGGCUCUGCAACAAGGCUCACGCGACUUCACGAUCUCGCAACAGGACAUUUUGGACACAAUUGAAAGGGCUGCGAGGAAGUAUGUUGAUUCAGCCGACGCACCGUCAAAAAGUAGCGACACGACGAACUCGCCCGAAGUGCCCGUCGAACAGGGCUCCGACAGCGACCGACAAGCGAUGCUGGCUUUGAGGCCUAAGGUCGAUGCAGAUAUGCCGAAAGUGGCAGCCGAGCUGCCAGGUGCGGGGCCAAGCUCGGCGGUCAAUGGCGCCUCUACGAGCUCUUUGCCAACCCAUCUGUCUACACUGAAAGACAGUAGGCUUGACGGAGAGGAGCUGUCGCCAGACGACAUCGACAUUGCACACGUUCUGAUUGUGGAUGGACCGGAGGAUUCGAUUGCCGAACCCGCAGAAUCGUCUGUCACGGCAGAGGACCAGGCCAAAGCCAUGCCAGUAAUCAGGAGGCCGGAUGCAAACAUGUCCGAACUGACGAAAUUACUCUGUACAGGCACCGAUCCUGUCUUACUAGCGGAGGCUGCGGAUGAAUGGGAGCGCCAGUGGACAGAGAAGAAGGCCAUGCUGGAACCGCUAAGCGACAGGUUGAGGUUCUUGCAGAAUCAAACCGACCUCUUAUCACAAAGGGUAGGGAAAAUGCGUUCGGAAGGCGUUGGCUCUGGGUCCCCGGAGAUGCAGCUCAUACUGUCAAAGAUGCAGAUGCUGAACAGGAGCGUGGCGGAGAUUUUUGACGAUGUGCGCGCAGUCGAAGACGAUGUCGGCACAGUUUCCAAGGUGCUGUCAGCGGAACUAUCAGGGGUCGGCCCGGCAGGCGACAAGCUGCGUCGAUACAUGGACGCGUACAUGCGCGAGACUCGUGGCCUGGCUCUGGAGACGCUCAAGAUACACCUCAUUCCCGUCAAGGCCUCUGCUCUAUCGCGCGGUGUCGAUCUGGCUUGUCUGAAACAGCUCACGCUGCUCAAUGUGGGGAGCCAGACGCCGAUCUGGGCGCUGCUGGCCAAGGAGGGGAAAACACGGCCGCUUGCCCUGCGGACUGUCUUCACUGACCAUGUCACGACGACCUUUCUGUCCUGCAUGGCGCAGCUUCCUGAGCUCCACGACCUGUUUCUGUUGGAAAGAGGUCUCAAGCACAAGCCCGAGAGUUUCGCGCCGCGGACGACCACUACGAUCGAUCAGAUACGGCGUCUCGUUCUCAAGAAGCACAUGCACACACUGAAGCGCCUGAUGAUCAAGGAUGAGUCCAACGGGCCAAACUGGGACGCAAACGAAAAGACGAUGAUUCUAAUUUGCACGCGCGGCGCAAGCUUGGAGGAACUUGCCUUGAGCAUGAACAUUCACGCCGUGCACGCUUUCAUGCAGUACUUCUCGGGUCUGAUCAAUCUGCGCGCCAUCAACAUCCUUCACUUUAGGAACAACGACACCUGCAUCUGGGUGAUGCGGGAGAUUCUGCGGUUUAUUGUGGACAACUUGUCGCAUCACCCGGAGCUUAAGCUCGAGUGGAUCGCCAUGGAGGAUGAGCGGGUGGAGCGGGUCGUGAGACCAUCUGAGACGCAGGACAAGGUCCGCCAGGACGAGCCCGCCAACAGAUCCAAGGGCAAGGGGAAGGAAAAGUCGCACGUGCCGACGGGGGCGGCGAUGGAUAGCACAUUCCCGCUGCUGCCGAUUGACGGGUUGGACUCGGAUUCUGACAGUGAGGACGAGUCCCGUGACGAUGGGAGACGACUCCGAUUCCAGACGUUUGGCCCACUGCAGUUUUACGACGUAUGGGGCGUGAAGAUAUUUGAGAAGGAGAUCCGAAGUGGACGCUUAUGAGCCGUUUUGGCGCCUCGCGAAGGUCACAGACCUUUGAGUCGCUCGAGGCGGGAGCAUGCAUGCUCAACGGGGGGUGGGGGGCAACUUUCUUGUUGGGAGUCAUUAGGUGGCGGGUAGUCUCCCAUCGAGGCUAGAUGAACCAUUUGCUGGGCGGGAACAGCACGGACGGCGCAAAGCGAUGAGGGGUUUGGAUUUAUGGAUCUCGUCAGGAGUGCACGAGAGGCUGGCUUGAGCGAGCGUGCCCAUCGUGACCAUCGUGACGAUUGGGGAGCACCUAGGGCGGCUAUGUAUUUGCUCUGUACAGGGUUGUACAUGUGAUAUUGACAAGAGAAAGCAAUGCCUUCUCCAGACGCGC